AGGGGACCUCUAACUCUAGUUCUUCUAAUGUCUGAUGGUUUCAUUGUCAUGAUCAUGUAAUCAGUCAUGUUCACAGUGAGGUCCUAUGAGCAAGCUUUACAGUACAGGCUUCCUGACACUCCUUCUAACACUGUCACUAUCCACCACCCUGAAGGAAACAUGCUACUACAACAGCCAAUCUCCUUUCACCUCAGAGCUUCACCCAGGAGACACUCAUAUCACAUCCUCAUCAUCAUCGUCUUCCUCAGCAUAUUCAUCAUCUUCAUCAUCAUCAUAAUAUUUUUCUUCAUCAUGAUGUUCAGAGUUCUGAUUCACCUGGCAGCUCUACCACUCUGGGUGACAGGGCAGUUGUUUAGUAGCAUGGUUCAUCAGAGGCCUGUGGCACUAACAGAAGGUCCUGGAGGAGACGUUCAACUCACCUGCAGCCAUACGAUCCCUAACUACUACGUGAUACUAUGGUACAAACAGUCAGCAGGAGACACUGCUAUGAAACUCAUUGGUUAUGCAUAUACCAAGUCAAUAACCAUGGAGAAAUCAUUUGAAAAGCACUUUAAUGUGAGUGGAGACGGUGGGAAAGAGGCUUAUCUUCAUCUAGUGAGUCUGAGAGGACCUGAACACAGUGCAGUUUAUUACUGUGCAGCCAGCCAACACAGUGAUGUAGACUUCCUCCUGCUCUCUACUAAAACCCUGUCUGAUGGUAAUAUUAGACCACGGCUCAGAACACCUGCAUCUGAGGUUUGACUUUGACUCAGGGCCAAUGAAUAAACACAGAUGGAUGAUGGCAUAAGGUGAUAUCUGUC